GGGGCUCAGUGAGGGCGGGGGUGGUGAUGAGUGUGAGCACAGUGGUGAGUACAGAAGCAAUUAUAAAACUUUGAAGGGUCUGCUCAGCUAACGCUGGAACCCAAGUUGGAUUUCCAGCAAAGCCAGAGCCAUCCAUGGCCAGGGGUCCACGAGAACACAAGUGACCAUGAUCUUAUUAAUUGUGAGGGCUUGCUUAGGUUAUCCAUGUCGAUACAAAGCAACACUAGCCAAUAAGCCUGUGUUAGGCCAUCGUUUCCCAAUCCAGUUUUUGGAGAAAUGCAGAUUGUCCAUAAUUUUGCUCUAUCCUAGAUCUUUGCAUGACAGUACUGGGUAUUCAGUGGUUUUGAUUGCUUGGAAGCUUUGUGAGCUGGGUUUUAGGGCUGAAAGAUGAAUUAAUUUUUUUUUUAUAUCGAAAUUUCAGCUUGGAGGUUCAAUGAAGCAAAAAUGUUCAUAUUGCAAGAGCUUCCGUUUUUAUUAUUUUUAUUUAUUAUAUUUUACAUUAUCAUCAAUGCUGUCUGAAGUUUUAUUUGGGAAAGUGUAACCCAAUAACAGGGCUUGUAAACUGUCUGUUGACGAGUUAAUCAGAAUAGCAACACAUUCACAACUAACUGGCAGUACGACAGUACUGCCAGAAAAAGAGGAUGUGCUGGUCUUCUUGACUUAAAAUAGGCCUAGACCCUUAGAUAUUUUCCCUGAAUUGUUCAGCCCUGCUGGGUGUUUUGACCAUCUGGGGUUCCUGAGGAUUGGAUUGGGAAACACAGUGUGAGGUCACAGAAUUGGACAGUUAUCCUCUAAAUAUCCUCCAAAUGCAUUCAGCUGCCCUACAUUGGUGUAAGAGACACAACUUGAAAGGUAAGUGGCAACAUUUAACAACGUUCCCUAUAAUUAAAGUUGCAGUGUGUAAGAUUUAGUGGCAUCUAGCGGUGAGUAUGAUCCUCCUUUUGUCAAAAUUUGGACCAGCACCGGCAGCAACCACUGAUUUUUAUUCUUUCUACAUCUUCCAACCUGUACCAUAGCAACACCAAAUUCAAGCUGCCGCUUCAAUGUAAAAACGUGAAAGGAACUCUCUAGAACCAGUGUUUGGUUUGUCCAUUCUGGGCUACGGUAGAAACAUGGCAGUGCAACAUGGCGGCCUCUAUGGGAAGAGGACCUGCUCCCUAUGUAGAUCUGAAGGGCUCAUUCAAAGGUACAGUCAGAGCUUUGAGGAGCUGCUAGAAUAUGAGAACCGGAGUCCAGAGGAUCCUCGCACCCUCAAUGAUUUCCUAGACAUUCUUAUCCAGAUCCGGAACAGACACAAUGAUGUGGUUCCCACCAUGGCGCAGGGUGUGAUCGAGUACAAGGAGAAGUUUGGGUUCGACCCUUUUAUCAGCAGCAACGUGCAGUAUUUCCUGGAUCGCUUCUACACCAGUCGCAUCUCUUUCCGCAUGCUCAUCAAUCAGCAUACUCUCCUCUUUGGCGAUGGCAUCAACCCUGCACCUCCUAAACACAUUGGGGGCAUUGACCCAAACUGCAAUGUGGUUGAGGUAGUGAGAGAUGCAUAUGAGACAGCAAAGAUGCUGUGUGAACAGUAUUACACAAGGGCACCCGAACUACAGAUCAGUGAAUUCAACACCAAGAAGCCAAACAGGCCCAUCCAGGUGGUAUAUGUGCCAUCCCAUUUGUUCCACAUGCUCUUUGAGCUGUUCAAGAACUCCAUGCGAGCUACAGUGGAGCUUCAUGAGAACAGCCGGGAAGGACUCCCUCCUGUGAAGACGCUUGUCACUCUGGGAAAAGAAGAUCUCUCCAUUAAAAUUAGUGACCAGGGAGGUGGCGUUCCCUUGAGAAAGAUUGACCGUCUCUUCAACUACAUGUACUCCACGGCUCCCACACCAAGACUGAAUUCCUCCCAGACAGCUGCACCUCUGGCUGGUUUUGGUUAUGGCCUGCCGAUCUCCAGACUGUAUGCGCGGUACUUCCAGGGAGACCUGAACCUCUACUCUAUGGAAGGUGUAGGAACUCAUGCAGUCAUCUAUCUAAAGGCACUAUCCAGCGAGUCUUUUGAGCGCCUUCCGGUUUUCAACAAGUCAGCGUGGAGACACUACCAGUUAGGGCCAGAGGCUGAUGACUGGAGCAACCCCAGCAGUGACCCACGCGAUGCGUCCACAUUCAAAGUCAACACGUGACCUAAAAUCCUCCUGCCCUGCCCUGACUAGCUUCACAUUUGUAUGCAUGCUUGAAUCUAAAGCAAGUUCCAACCAAAGAGCUAUUCUUGUUUAAUAGUUUGGUUUGAAUUCAUUUAUUGUCCAUUUGCUUUAGAAAUAUUGCUUUUUGUAUUCUAUUGCUGAAAUAUCAUGGGAUAAAUGCACUUUGUGUGGCUUAGUGGAAGAUCAGGCAGAGUGGCUUUUUCAUGGGAAAUCUAGUCACUUGCAGUUAUUAUGCAGCAUGCAUUUCAAAUAAUCGUAAGAGGAAACACUAUGGAGCCAAAGGCAGAUUUGUGCUCUCUGUCACUAAAUUAAUGCUUUAAGUUAUUUAUCAUGGAGUCUAUUUGCAGGGAGUACUGUAUUUUACUUUAUGCUAAGCAUGCAGACAUAACGAGUGAGUUUUGAUGGAUUGCAGUAGAUUAUAGAACUACUGUACUGUAUGACUUCAGUUAAAAAAAUACAAAGAAAGUUUCUUUUGUAGCCAAAGCCUUAGAGAAAUACUGUGUGGUGUGUUGGGAAGCUUUUGUGCUCAAACUCCCUGUCAGAUUGUAACAAAAAUGCCCAGACAUGCAGUAGAUAUGUAUAUAUUUGCCUUUGUGUUGUUUUUUUGCAUUCUCCCAGUGUAAACUGAGUGCAGAUUCAGGUCAGUACAUUCUUUGUUUUAAUGGUCAAGACUCAGUGAUGCCACUGAAUAUUGUAAAGACUUCUGAUUGUGCGCAGGACUAUAGAUUGCUGAUGGGACAUUUAGAAAUGUUACAGUUCAUGUACAGAAACAGGUCAUUUUUGUUUAAGACUAACUAUAAUGCUAUACAUAAAAGAUUCCCUAUAAGAAAUGAACUAAUUUGAAUGUCUCCUCCUCUACAGAGAGUGCUUAGGCUUGCUUAAUAGCUGUAAUUCAUAUUCAUGCAUAGUUAUUUGCAAUAGGUGCAUCAAUCCUAGGCUUAGUACUCAGUUUUUAAUCUAUACACUCCAUGACACAGUAUAAUAUUUAUUCAAGAAUUAUUCAGUAACUGUAAAACUAAUCCAGUACUGUGCAAAAAUCAGAGACCACCCAUUCGUUUAUUCAAUGUCCAAUCAAAAUAUUUCAAUCCUUCCACUGUUGAGUGACUGAGAAGUUUAAAUUUGAGAUCUUUGGAAAUAACAGAAGGCAGUAUGUACAAUGCUAAAGCAAUGAAAAAACUCUUUUAACUAUGUCUACAACAAUCCAGCCUGGCUGAGAAGAUCACAACAUACUUAUUAAACAAAGAAGCCACUGGUGUUGUUAGAACAAUUGACUGGCCAAAACAGAGUCCAGACCUCAAUGUGUUUGUAAUUACUUGCAUCAUGAGAAGCACAAAAUGCAACCAACUUCUAAGACUGAACUUUGGAGAUGUUUACAAGGAGCAGAUUUCUUUGAAAAACUGAAAGCAAGUCUCCUGAAGCUGUAACAAAGGCAAAGAGUGAACAUAUUAAAUAAUGAAAAAAAAUUAUUGUCUUAUAUUUAUUAUUGUCUUGCACACACCUCUGUUAAAUAGAUUUUUCUGCCGUUUUCCCUGAUGCUGGAAAAUGAACAAUUUAAUGUUUUGACUGGAUAUUAAAUGAAUGAAAGGGUAGUCUCUGACUUAUAGCAUGGUAACGUAUGUAAAUUAUGUAGUUAUGAAAAUGAGAAACUGUAGUGAGGACCCACAUACAGACCCUCAGGGUUUAAGGGGUGAUCUUAGUCUGGUCAUUUUAACUAACAGAACAGCACUGUAAUCAAAGAGCGUUUCAGAGUUUAAAUGUCCAGCCAUCUCAGCUCGCCCAUGUGAUGGUCUAUAGCGAGGUCAUAUGGUAAGGAUACGUCACCAUUGCUGGUGACUUCAUCAUUUUAAGCUUUGCUUAAUCAUCUUAACUGCUGUGCCUAAUAAAAUCACUUCUUUUUAGGCCACUGGGGAAUUAGUAGAACACAGUAGUAAUAACUAUACUGAAGAAAUAUGACUUUAUUUUUAUAGGGAUGUGUAGUUAAACACAGAAAUGUUUAUUGCUGUAAAGCAGUGUUUCCAAAACGCUGUAUUUGUUUAGCUUUUUCAAACACUGCCAUUUUAACCUCAAUAAGAGCUCAUAAAUUAGGUGAUGAGUUGAGUCAGGUAUGUAUGGAAAAGGGAAAACUCUCUGCUAUGAGAAAGUUCUGUUUUUAAGAGGUCCCAAGACAAAUAAAAAUGAGUUCAUGAACUGA